AUGGGGAGGGAGGGCCUCAGGCGGCUCUGGUCUGGGUAUCCCAUGCAUAUCUGGGCGGGCCCCUCCCCCUGCACCAAUUCUCAGGCGUCAUGGUCGUCGGGAGGCCUCUCCUUCCCAGGGGCCGGUCCCUCGACCCAGUGCCGAGCUUGUCACCGCGGUGACACCAUCCUGCCCCUUACCGCUAUCCCCGUCUUCCUCCCGGCCCCCUCGCCCCCCACCAUCUGGCCCCAUCCUAGUCCAGUCCUGUUGUGUGAGGACGUGGGACGGUCCAGCAGGCAUCAUUCGUUCAUUGCUUACAGGUCCUUUAUUCAAUUAGGGUGA